AUGUCUUCUGUUACCGGAUUCUAUAUCCCACCUAUAUCUUACUUUGGUGAAGGAGCUUUGACCGAAGCAGCCGAUUAUAUUAAAGCUAAGGAGUUCAAGAAAGCAAUCAUCGUCACCGACCCGGGAAUUGCCAAAAUAGGUCUAGCAGCCAAGGUCACUCAACUUCUUGAAGAACGCAAACUCUCUGUUUCCAUCUACGACCAGACCCAACCCAACCCCACUACCAAGAAUGUCACUGCUGGUCUCAAGACUUUAAAAAAGCAUGGUAGCGAUAUUGUGGUUUCCAUAGGCGGCGGCUCUGCCCACGAUAACGCCAAGGCGAUUGCUCUUUUGGCCACCAACGGGGGCGAAAUCGGCGACUACGAAGGUGUGAAUAAGUCUAAGGUUCCGGCGUUACCAUUGGUUGCCGUGAAUACCACUGCAGGUACUGCCUCCGAGAUGACCCGUUUUACCAUAAUCUCAAAUGAAGAAAAGAAGGUUAAGAUGGCCAUAAUUGACAAUAAUGUCACCCCAAGUGUUGCUGUUAACGACCCCUCUGCUAUGUACGGGCUGCCACCUGCAUUAACCGCCGCCACUGGGUUAGAUGCUUUGACCCACUGUAUUGAGGCUUAUGUCUCCACAGCCGCCAGCCCAAUUACCGACUGUUGCGCGCUGAAGGGUGUUGACCUGAUCGAAGAGAGUCUGGCAGAAGCUUACAAGAAUGGUAACGAUACCAAAGCCAGAACCGAUAUGUGUUACGCCGAAUAUCUUGCUGGCAUGGCCUUUAAUAAUGCAUCAUUAGGUUAUGUUCACGCAAUUGCUCACCAACUUGGAGGCUUUUACCAUUUGCCGCACGGGGUUUGUAAUGCUGUUCUUUUACCCCAUGUUCAAUCUUUCAACAUGAAAUGUAAGAAGGCCAACAAGAGACUUGGGGAAAUUGCGACUCACUUAGGCGAGGGCACUGCUACUGCUGAAGCUCUGAUUGAUCGCUUACAUCAGUUCAAUAGAGACUUAAACAUGCCAAGAAAUUUGAAAGUUUUAGGCGUCAAGGAAGAAGACUUUGAUAUUCUUGCCCAAAAUGCUAUGCAAGACGCCUGCGGCCUAACAAAUCCAAUUCAAUUCGGAAAGGAGGAAGUUAUCUCGAUCAUCAGACAGGCCUACGAAUAUUAG